AUGGCGUCCCGCACGAUCAUUCUGAGAUUCGAGAGCCGGAACGGCCAGUUUCGGUUGAACGUCAGCCCGCAAGAUUUGUUUCCCUCUCUUCAAACAAAGAUUCUGGAACAUCUCCCCUCCGAUGUCGAACCUUCCUCGAUUAAACUUUCCAACAAGCCUAUUGGAGCUGCUGGCGAUGAGCGGAUUCUGGAUACAUUAGAUGGAGUCUCUUUUGAGCAGGUUGGAUUAAAGCAUGGUGACAAACUCUACAUUGGAUACCAAUCGAAGCAGGAUCUUCAAGAUGGCGCCAGCAAUGGAGUUGCUGCAGGAUCAUCUGCACGACGUCUUAAUGGAGCCCCUGUAGCUCCAGACAGUUCUCGAUUACCGUCCAACACCGCUUCUGUUACCGUCAAGAACCCUUGGGAAGCAGUUCGACAGUCAGCUCUUGACGACCGCUUGGAAAAGAAGGAUGGGAAAAUCCAUCGACCCCGUGACAACAAGAUGUGUAAACACAGUGCAAAGGGCAUGUGCGAUUACUGCAUGCCACUUGAACCUUACGACCCGAAGUAUCUAGGAGAAAAGAAGAUUAAGCACCUAUCAUUUCACUCAUACCUGCGCAAAAUCAACGCUGCGACGAAUAAACCCGAACUCGGGAGCUCCUUCAUGCCGCCCCUCAAUGAGCCAUACUACCGGGUAAGACCAGAUUGCCCCUCUGGCCAUCCGCCCUGGCCGGAAGGAAUUUGCACCAAAUGUCAGCCAAGUGCAAUCAGUCUGCAACCUCAAGAAUAUCGCAUGGUUGACCAUGUAGAAUUCUCCACGCCUGACCUCAUCAAUUCGUUACUUGACUUCUGGCGCAAGUCGGGCACCCAGCGCCUUGGAUAUCUUUAUGGCACAUUUGAAGAAUACACAGAGGCGCCCCUCGGAGUUAAGGCUGUCGUACAGGCAAUCUACGAGCCACCGCAAGUGGAUGAAGUUGAUGGGGUUACACUGCACGACUGGGAGAAAGAAAAGGAAGUGGACGAAGUUGCACGUCUUUGCGGUCUUGAAAAGGUUGGGGUCAUUUUUACUGACCUGCUCGAUUCUGGGCGAGGCGAUGGUUCCGUUAUCUGCAAACGACAUAUUGACUCGUACUACCUUUCUUCCUUGGAAAUCGCCUUUGCGUCACGUUUACAAACACAGCACCCCAAGACAACGAGGUGGAGCCGAACCGGCCAUUUCGGGUCCAACUUUGUGACUUGUGUUGUUAGUGGAGACGAUGAGGGGGCUAUCGCCAUCAGCUCUUACCAGGCCUCGGUUUCAGCAGUGGAGAUGAUUAGGGCCGAUAUAAUUGAGCCGUCCGCCGAGCCGUCGGUAAUGCUGGUACAAUCGGAGGAGGAUGGCGACAGCAAAUCGCGGUACAUACCCGAGGUCUUCUAUCGGAAGAUCAACGAAUACGGAGUGUCCGCGCAGGUAAACGCAAAACCAAGCUUCCCGGUCGAGUAUCUUUUGGUUACUCUGACCCACGGAUUCCCCACGGAUUCCAAACCGCUUUUCAUUGACAGCACAUACCCGAUUGAAAACCGCGAGGUUAUUGGCGAGGGGCAGGAAUUACGCAGUUUAGCUCGGAAAUUAGUGUCCCAAGACCCAGAUAGAGCAAUCCGUGCAGUGUCCGACUUCCAUCUGCUAUGCUUCCUUCGCUCCUUGUCUACUUUCAGCAAGGACGAGGAAGCACUCCUCUGCCGUGUGGCUACAACCCAGAAUCCCACAGAUGGUCUACAGCUCAUCAAUACCCCCGGAUGGGCAACAUUAAUGGCAAUUCUUCAGGAAAGCGGUGAGCGGCCCCCCAAGCGUCCCUGGCUGGAUUCUUCACGCCCUGUGCCCCAGCCCGGAAAACGUUACCUUUCCUCAAGGGCUGAGUCUCCCAAAUCUGAAAGUGAACAGCUUGCUAAGAGGUUCAAGGGAGCUAGUCUAAGGUGA